UGUCAAAAAAAUCUAAGAUUUGUAGAUUGUGAUUUGUGAUUUUAAAUCAAUCACUUUAAUUUAAUUAAUAUUUAUUACUUGUUUUAUAUAUAGAAAUAUUUAAAAAUGACUCUUUACCAUUUCGGAAAUUGUUUAGCAUUAGUUUAUGCGCCAUAUCACAUGGCCUACAAAUAUUCUGGAAUAUCUGAGUACGCUACGCUGUCGAAAUGUGUGUAUGCCGGUGGACUAUAUAUUUUCACUCAGCUGUGCAAAAUGUUACUUCUAGCAACGUUCUUUCCAGAUUACGAUAACACACAAGCUAAUGGAGAAUAUGAUGUUCUUCUAGAAAUUCUCAAGGCUACUGUAGACUUAGCAGACUUGCUAGGUCUGUACUUUGCCAUCAACUCCGUGCCUGGAAAAGGACAUGCAAAAAUCUUGACAGCAGCAAUAGGUUGGGCCAGUGCAGAAGUGAUAGUCACCCGCAGUGUACUCCUGUGGGUGGGAGCCCGUGGCUCUGAAUUUGAUUGGCGAUAUGUUCGCUCCUGUGCUGAGUCAAAUGUAGCUCUCCUGCAACAUGCUUCCACAGCAGCUCUAGUAUGGUUGUGGACUCGCAGCGAUCUACCCAAAAAACAUUCCCCCAUAGUCAUCACCCUCCUUGCCCUGUCGCCAUACAGAAGUUUAAUAGAAGAUGCAGUAGCCAGUGUGCUGUCUCUCAGUGCUUGGGCGCUCCUGGCAGUGCGGGCUGCUCAUGCGUCUGUGGUUGGUCUGACUGCAUUAGCUAUGUAUGCAGUAUUAGCUCAACAAAUUGGAAUUUAAUUUAUUAUAUUUUAAAAAGAGUGCAUGUUAGUUUAUUUGGUGUAUGCGUAAGUUAUAAUAAAGAUGUGUUGUGGCUAGAAUGCAUUUUCAAA